AUGGACACAACUGGAAAGGUGAUCAAAUGUAAGGCAGCUGUAGCCUGGGAGCCCAACAAGCCUUUGGUCAUAGAAGAAAUCGAAGUGGCUCCUCCCCAGGCCAAUGAAGUUCGUGUAAAGAUUGUAGCCACUGCAGUGUGUCACACAGACCUGUACCAUCUGUAUGAGGGGAUGCACAAGGAUGGCUUCCCUGUGGUCCUGGGGCACGAAGCUGCUGGGAUAGUGGAGAGUGUGGGCUCCGGAGUCACAGAGUUCAAGCCUGGUGACAAAGUACUGCCCCUGUUUCUGGCACAGUGCCGUGAGUGUAAAUUGUGCCUGAGUCCGAAGACCAACCAGUGUGUGAAAGCCUGGAGUGAAGUCCGCAUGGAUGCAAUGUCCCCAGUAGACUCCAGGUUCAGCUGCAAAGGGAAGAAAAUCCUUCAAUUCUGUGGAACCAGUACUUUCUCAGAGUACACUGUGGUCCGACAAAUUAAUUUAGCCAAGAUCCACCCUGAUGCCCCCCUGGAUAAAGUGUGUCUCAUCGGCUCUCGACCUGUGGACCUCAUCUCUGGACGCACAUGGAAGGGGUCUUUGUUUGGAGGAUUUAAGAGUAAGGACGGGGUGACUGACAUGGUCCAGCGAUACAUGGACAAGAAGCUGAUGGUGGAUGAGUUUAUUACCCACAACAUGGACCUGGGUCAGAUCAUGGAGGCUGUGGAACUCAUGAAGAAGGCUCAAUGUGUCCGGGCGGUUCUGAAGACCUCAUCACAAUAG